GUGCAUUUUUGACCGCUGCAUCUCGCGAACCUAUAUUUUUUUGCAACUGACAUCAUUUCCGUUUAGCUGCAAUUGUAAGUUUUUGACGAUAACAACAAAUAAAUUUAUUAAAAUGUGUUUUAAACUACAAUAAAUAUACCAAAAAGUGGUGUUAAUCAUUUGAAACAAAAGCUUUUGUACUGUUCGACUGACACCGGCUAGUGCAUGCAUGUUGAUUGCUUCGGUUUGCAAUUGGCCAAUUUUAAAUGUUGAAAUUCAAAGAGUUUUAUUACUAGUGGUUAUUCGUUUUCAAAAUGCAAAUCAUUGCUGAAAGCAAGCAAAGUUAAAUUAGUGAUUUUUUCGGUAAUUUUUAAUUUGUGUGUUACUUCAGUUUUGCAUACAACAAAUUUGUAGGUAAUCAAAUAUCCCCACCCUCCCUUUUGUAGCGCAACAAAAUCCAACAAAAGCAGAGCAAUUCAAUUCUGUCAUUUCAUAUUGUGUAUGUGAGAGUUUUAUUGAAAAAUAUUAAGUGAAAAGUGCAUUCCAUAAAUAAAAUUUAUAAUAUAUUGUGCAAGUGAAAUAUCUUCGAUAUUGUUUUAUUAAAAAAAUGUUGGAGAAUCGAGUGGUGCGCUACACUUUUUAUAGCCUGACUACGGGCAUUUCGGUAGUGUUGUUGUCAGAAAUCUUUUAUCGUGGCUUUUUGUACGUGCGCGAACGUUUGUGGCGUCGCGAUGCAUCUGAUGACGAAAUAGCCGAAGUCAUCUGGACGAAUGAGCUGACACAAAGCUGUGCUGGUGGUCACAUACUAAAAUCACCAGCAGAACGUAAGAGCCCCACAUACGAAAGUCCUGCGAAGGGAAUGGUUGAAAAUGGACAUGUUACGAAAUUACCUACUCCAAAUCUGAGUCCUUCAUGUCAAAAUCGGUAUUGUGCUGCCAAUAAUGUCGGUCGUUUAAUAGCGUUAAUUGAUAAAUCAAAAUAUACCAUUGAUCUAGCAAUGUAUACAUUUACAUCCUAUGAUCUAUCUCAAGCAUUUAUGCGUGCCAUUCGCCGAGGAGUUUCAGUGCGCAUAAUAAGUGACAAAGAAAUGGUGUACUCCAGUGGAUCUCAGAUUAUAACGCUAACGAAGGCAGGCGUGGCGGUUCGUUGUCCAAUGACCACAAUGCUAAUGCAUCAUAAAUUUUGCCUGCUAGACGGACCGAAACGUGCGCGUUCGGUUUUGGGCAAUAUCGGCAAAACAGAUGAUUUACGUAAUGUAAAAGGGGUUCUUAUGUCCGGCUCACUCAAUUGGACCAUGCAGGGUUUUGGUGGCAAUUGGGAAAAUAUUGUAAUCAGUUCCAAUAAAGUGUUGUUGGAACAUUUCGAAGAUGAGUUUCAACGAAUGUGGUUAGCAUUCGCUCCACGUUUGAGUUCGUAAACAUGGAAUGUGAAAGAUCUCAUGUCAUACAUGCCAGUCAUGUCUUUAGUGUGUUGAAGUUGUUAAA